AUGGCUCACGCAGACCCUACCAACUGGGUUGACAUCGUCCCCAUCGUCCUCCUCGGAGUCCGUUCUGCCGUCAAGCAAGACCUCUCGUGCAGCAGUGCUAAGCUUGUAUUUGGCACCACGCUUCGACUCCCGAGCGAAUUCUUCCACACGUCAGCUCAGCCCUCCACAGCCGCGCCCGAAUACAUUGAUCGCCUCCGCCAUACCUUCGCUCAGAUUCGUCCCACGGAUACCCGUGUACCCUCCAACCGCCCGCAUCACGUUCCCCACGAAUUGGCCACAGUGUCUCACGUGUAUCUUCGAACUGAUGCCACGCGGAAGUCCCUUCACCCUCCAUAUUCUGGUCCGCACCUCGUCUUGUCCCGUUCACCCAAGCAUUUCACCAUCUCGGUAAACGGCCAUAAGGACACAGUCAGCAUUGACCGCCUGAAGCCCGCCCACGUCGACAACGAGUGCCUCGCCGCUGCUCUCUUUCCCUUGACGACGCCCUCUCCGCCGAAGACCAAACACGUUCGUUGGUCGGAUGUCCCUUCGCCGUCUCUGGAGGGGGGGCUAUGUAGCAUAUCGUCACCAUCGACAAUGAGCAAGAUAGCGCAGAGCGCGCGCCUAUAG